GGACCCCCUCUCCCCCAUUCCUUCCUCCUCUUAGAAUUUCAAUUUACUCUCUUCUAAACCCCGAUCUCUUCGUUAGCGCCGUUGACUACCGAUUGUGCGAUUUGCACUCUCUCAGCGUCUUCUGUAGAACUGACUCCCCCCUGAAAACCCCCCACACACACACCAACCCCGUUGACUUUGUCUGUCCAAGAUGCCUCCGCGUCCGUCCCGUGAGGAGUACCGCCGCGUCCGCGAGAACCGCGAGGGCCGCGAGAAGACCGAGGGCGCCGAGAACGAGGUGCGCGUGACGGCCACUCACGGCCAGCACAGCUACAUCUCCUACGCGAUUGCCGUUCUCAACGGCGAGGAGGGCAAGCAGAAGAACGACACCGUGAAGAUCAGCGGCAUGGGCGGCGCCAUCUACAACGCCGUUAACAUUGCUGAGAUUGUGAAGCACCGCAUUGCCGGUCUGCACCAGAUUACCGAGCUAGGCUCCGAGCUGGUCCGCGACGAGUACGAGCCGAUCGACCGCGCCGUUCACCCCGACAACGUUGUGGUGGAGCGCAAGGUGUCGACGAUCCUCAUCACCCUCUCGCGCAACCAGUUGGACUCAUCCAACCCCGGCUACCAGGAGCCGAUCCCGGAGAGCGAGGUGACGGAGCAGGAGAAGCGCGACCCCGCUGCAAGCCGCCGUGGUGGCCGUGGUGGCGGCCGCGGUGGCCGCGGUGGCGGCCGUGGCGGUCGCGGUGGUCGCGGCGGUCCCCGUGGUGGCCGCGGUGGUGGUCGCGGUGGCCGUGGCGCCGGCGGCGUCGACCGCCGCGAUGACCGCGACAGCUAA